UGUUUAUGUACGAGCUGUUUGCUACGGUUGUGUGCAGUACUGGAAGAACACGCGAAUUAUUUGCUAAAUCUCACGGAAAGAAAGCCUAUUCCUUCUGACAGAGUCUCCUAACGUUCCUUCCAACUAGCUUCAAUUAUAGCGAAACCCGAAAACUAAAGAAUUUUUAAUGAAAAUAAAAUCUCCGUUCGAAAGCGAAGACCACAACUCCACAAUUACGAUCGCCGUCGAUUCCGGAAACGGAAAGUCAUAUUCAAAUCUCGAUCUACCUCGGUAGAUUAAAAGCUUAUCUUUCCAUUAACGAUGAUUGAUUGUGAUAGAAGCAGCACGAGGGUUGACGAUAAGGUUCCAGUGGGUUACAUUACAUCGCCGGUUCAACGCGCUGACACACGCACUAUAAACUGGAGACUGGACCGAGGGUGAUACGCGCUUUUGGGCUGUUAUCUAUCGUACGGGGCUUGAUUCAUCGACGGUGCUGCUGUCGACGAUCGAUUUAUAUUAAGCUGUGUGUCUGACCGGGUGGAUGCGGUAGUAGUCGUGAUUCGGUACCCGUAACUAGUUCAUCGGCUCGGUUGGCAAGCUAAGCAACACAAUGGUGGUCGCACGCAAAUGGAUUUACGUGAAGCCGUUCGAAGGACUGCCCAAGGAUGAGAACUUUCGGCUCGAGGAGGAAACGUUACCGGAACCGGGCGAUAAUGAAUUCAUUGCCGAAGCCGAGUUCCUGAGCGUCGAUCCGUAUAUGCGGCCGUACAUGGCCAGCUAUCCGGCAGGUUCGCUGAUGAUUGGCGGCCAGGUGGCAAAGGUAACGGCAAGCCGUAACGCUGCCUAUCCGGUCGGUGCGUACGUCUUCGGUAACUUCGGCUGGCGGACGCACACACUCGUCAAUCCGGACAAAGGGCCGGACGAUAGUAAACCGUACGUGUUGCCGUCGUUCGGCAAGCAUCCACGGUCGCUCGGUGUCGGUGUGCUCGGGAUGCCGGGCAAUACGGCGUACUUCGGGUUUUUGGAAAUCUGUCGCCCGAAGGAGGGCGAAACGGUGGUGGUGAGUGGUGCGGCCGGUGCUGUCGGCAGUGUGGUCGGUCAGAUAGCGAAGAUUAAGGGCUGCCGGGUGGUUGGAAUCGCCGGUACGGACGAUAAAUGUGAGUGGUUGCGACAGCUUGGGUUCGACGCAACGAUCAACUAUCGGACGGUCGGGCAGGAAGGAAUCGGCGCGGCACUGAAGGAGGCCGCACCGAAGGGUGUCGACUGCUACUUCGACAAUGUUGGCGGGUACAUCUCGGAAGCGGUGCUGGGCCAGAUGAACCUGUACGGAAGGAUCUCGGUGUGUGGGACGAUCUCCAACUACAAUGAUGCCCGGGUGAAGGUAUCCGAUCCGCAGCGCGAGUUCGUGUUUAAGCAACUGUGCCAAGAGGGCUUUAUCGUGACGCGCUGGAACAAGCGCUGGAUGGAGGGCAUCCUGGCGAAUCUUCGCUGGAUCGAGGAGGGCAAACUGACGUACCAGGAAACGGUUACGGACGGGUUCGAGAAUAUGCCGACCGCGUUCGUCAGUAUGCUCACCGGUGGUAACACGGGCAAGGCGGUGGUGAAGGUAUAAGUGCAGCGUAGAAGGUCAUCAACAAUCAACUCGCGAAUAAAGUCUGGAGAUCAGUGUUUCGGUGUUAAACGCAA